AUGGCGGGAAAAGCUCCAGAAGCGAGGGAAAACCCUCUUUCCAUUCCCCAAAUGCGCGCACAGAAAAAGAUGGAAACCCACGCCGACGGCGGCAACCCUGCUCCAACGAAGCCGGCGAUGGACGAACCACGCGGCGGCGCCGAUGCCGCUGAAGUCCCGUCCUUCGCCGGCCCCGACGCGCUCCCCGUUCCCCAGCCGGGUAUCGUCGCCAGCGCGAGGAAGCGGAAGGCUCCGGCUCCGGCGACGGCGAAGGCUGUCAGGAAGCCUCACAAGCCGCAGGUUGAAGUUGAAGAGCCGAUUCAGAUGCCUGUGUACUAUGGACGUAGAGAACGGUUUUCCCGUGUGCGUGGCAACGAUUUGGAAAACAAAUGUGCUCACUUAAUCGGCGAGCUACCGCUGCAGCCACAGUCCAUGUCAUUGGUGGAUCUACAGCUCUGGGUCUUCAGGCUGUUCCGGCUGCAUCCAGAAACACAAGAUCUCGAUAUCAAGGGGCUCCUCAAGCAACGCAAAACUGAUUUCUUUGACGAAGAGUCCUCCGAACCGGACUGUUGUUUGGAGGACUACCCGUGGGGCAUGCAUGAAUUUUCGACGGACAAAUGCUGGAGUUCCUAUGCAAAUAAAUUGAAGAGAAAAAAACAUGUGACGCAGAAGUUCAUGUUGUAUGUGCAAUCCUCUGAGGUCAAGCACUACGACAUUUUGCUCAAAGCCGUAUCUGCUGAUUACUCUCAACUGGCCACGGUUGUGUUGCCUGGGACGGAGUGCCUGGCAAGAAGCCGCUUCGCCUUCCGUGACCUUGUGGACGACCUGACGAUGACAGCGAAGGAAUUGGUACAUUAUCUCACUGGACCCUUAGGUGAGCAGAUUAGUCCCGCUGAGGCGUGGAGGGCAAGACAGUUUGCUCUGGAGAGGGAAUUCGGCACCUUUUAUGAUUCACACAACUUUGCCCCGAGGUUGCUUAAGGAAAUAGCACGCAAGAACCCUGGUUGUUUUGUUGACAUCAAGGAUGCAGAGGUUGCAGAGAGCAAGGGUUUCCGAGUACUGCAGCGUAUGUUUUGGGCAUUUGGACAGUGCUUACAGGCCUUCCGCGCCUGUCGCCCUGUGCUAUGCAUCAAGGGCACACCACUAUGUGGGAAAUAUCAAGGGAUGCUGUUGACUGCUGUAGCAUUGGACGCUAAUGAUUUUUCCAUUCCAGUAGCAUGUGCUAUCGUUGAGGGUGAGACCAAGGAAAGUUGGUUGUGGUUUCUUAGGAAUUUGGAGCGAGCAGUGGUGCAUCAGUCUGAUGUGUGCAUUAUACACGACUACAAAAGGGAGUUGAUUGAUGCUGUGGAAGACCUUCUGAAAUACGAAUAUCGACAGUGGCGUAAAGCAGAAAGCCGGUGGUGCAUGGAAGACCUUGCUGAAAACUUCUUUGCGUAUUUUGGUGACAAGAAGCUGCUGCUGAUGUUCAAGAAACUUUGCCAGCAGAAGAGACGCCAUAAGUUUGGUAAAAUCUGGAAGGAGCUAGACGAGUUAACGUCCACACAUAUGGCGGAGAAAGAACGUGGCGCUAGUGGGAAAAUGCUGCAGGAAUCAGUCAAGCAUGAUGUGGAAGAGCUUGAGGCGCAAAGUCCAUGCAACCAACAUGAUUCUGUGAAGAAUGUGAAGGAAGAUCAUGCUGAUGACAGCAACAGAAAGAUAACAAAGUUCUCUGACUGGAUCGGUCUGAAACCAAAGGAGAAGUGGUCACUGGCAUAUGAUCGAGAUGGAGCAAGGUAUGGCAUCAUGGGCAGUGUUAUAUCUGAUGUAUAUAAGAACGACCCUGUGUUGAAAGGGAUCACAUGCCUUCCGCUCAGUGCGAUAGUGGAGGUGACAUUCCUGCGCUUGGCAAAGUACUUCGAAAACACAAGUGCUGCAGCAAACAAAGCAAUUGGCAACCCAUCAAUUAACUUCCCGGAAUGUGUCCAGGUUGACAUGAAUUCCAAAAUGCAGAAAUCUGAGACGCAUACACUUACGUAUACGUACGCCGAUGAGAAGAAUGCUCGUGGUGAGGUAUUGGAUCGGAAGUUUACAGUUAAGGGAAGGAAGAGGGAGGUGACUGUUCACCUGAAGUCGGAAUAUACCCUCAGCAGGAAUAAGUCUGAAGGAUCCACAGUUGAAAAAACUGCUACCUGUUCAUGCAGCAAGCCGCAGCUACUUCACAAGCCCUGCUCUCAUGUCAUCGCCAUCUGUUGUAAGAUUGGGGUUAGCUCUGCUACAUACAUGUCCCCAUACUACAGCCUGCCCUACCUAGGUAGGACCUGGAGUGGAAAGUUUGAUGAAUCUAAGAUCUCACGUGACUACAGAAAUAUCAUGCCAUUUGGAUGCACGACUACCUGGAUCCCAGACAAAAGAUUGGAGUGUGGUCUGCCUGUUUUUGUAACAUCGGACUGCGUAGCAACUGUCAUGGAGGAGUUAGAGCCACAAUGCAGCACUGGAAAUGGAUCAACUGAAGACAAUCAAGGAACCACAGCAUGCUCAGAAGAACCUAAUCAAAUUUAAACUUCUGUUAUUAUCUGUCAGACUCCAAGUUAUUCAUAUUUUGGACCCUAAAUAAGCACGCAGUAGUUGCUGUCGAGUUCAUCCUAUGUAAACUCUGAAUCUCUAUGUUAUCUGCAAUGCUUAUAUUCUCAUGAAAACU